AUGGCGACCUCACAACCCCCCACCACCGAACCCCCCUUCGACAUCGUCCAAACCUACACAAACCUCCUAACCGAAGACCCGGACCUCACCAUGCCCGUCGCAGCCAUCGAAUCCCUAAUCCACGGCCUCUCCCACACCCCCUCCACCACCGUCUCCGAAACCCUCGACCUCGUCUCCAAACUCACGACGCAACUAAAAACCUCCAUCCCCAACUCCAUCUCCCUCUCCGCCGGCACGGACAUCUUCCAGCAAUACCUCAUCGCCAACCUGCAGAAACCCGGGCCGGGCGGCCUGAGCGGGGAUUUCGAGAAUAUCCGCAGUCACCUCGUGCAGAACGGGCGGUUGUUCGUGGAGCGGGCCAAGGCGGCGCGGGAAACGAUCGCGGGGUUUGGGAGGCAGUUUAUCCGGGAUGGGAAUACGAUUUUGACAAAUGGUGGGUCCAGGGUUGUGGGUGCGUUGCUGAGGAGUGCGGCGGAGUCGAGCAAUGCGAGUGGGAAGGGGAGUAUUCGGUUUCGGGUCAUUUAUGUUGUGUCGACGGAUGAUAAGGAUACGGAGAGUGCGGAGAAUAUCGCGGCUUUGAGGGAGAGGGAUAUCCCCGUGGCGACGAUCCCGCCGACGGCGAUUGCGUAUUGUUUGGAUCAAGUCACGCAGUGCUUCGUGGGAGCCGAGGGCGUCGUCGAAAACGGCGGGAUUAUCUCCCGGAUGGGAACGUACCAAAUGGGCAUGCUGGCCAAAGCAGCGGGGAAGCCCUUCUACGUCGUGUCUGAAUCGCACAAGUUCGUGAGGCUGUAUCCGCUCGGACAGCAGGACUUGGGCAUUCAGCAGAACGUGGUCGAUUUCCAGACGGCGAAGGGGUCGGAGGGUGCUGAGGCGCAGGUCAGGGAUGAAGGUGUGGCGGAUAUGGAUGUCGAGACGAAGUUGCAAAGUGUAGCGAAUUGGCGGCCUGAGGAUGCGGUCGACUACACGCCCCCGAAUCUGAUAUCUGGUAUCAUCACUGAGUCGGGCGUGUUGCUGCCAAGCGCUGUCAGUGAGCGGCUGAUUGAGAUAUGGUUUUGA